AUGGGGCUAGGUAGUAAUUCUAAUAAAGAGAAAUCUAAUGAUCCACCCGACUAUGACACACUUACCUCAUCCAAGUCUAAACCCAAAGUGUCUUCCAUACUUCGGGGUCUUCGAUCACCAUCACCCUCGUCAUCGUCAAGAGCACCCCGUAAAGAUGUACCAUACAAACCUACACCCCAACAACAAAGACAAGCGGACUUGCUUACCACACCUUCCACAGGUUCUAUUCAGACUUUGCAAACAGUAUCAACAUCGACACAAACAGAAUAUUUCGAUAUCUUACCCUCGUUCCAUAUGUUUCAAUCUAUUCUUAAACGAGACGAUAGACAAUUUUCAGAAGAUUUACAUUCUCCACCACCUGGAUAUGAUGACACCACCAACUCUCUGGCAUCUCCACUUCCAUCACCAGGUAUUGAUGCUAGUUUGAGUCAAGUGAAUUCUCGAUUGCGCGAGUAUACUCUUGAACAAGAACGGGAACGACGUCAGGAUGAUUACGAAGAGGAUCCAGGAAGUGCAACUGGUAAUGCACAUAAUGCCAAUGUGGCUGUGCUUGACACUUAUGGUUAUUCGCCGUUGGACAACAUUGAUAAAUUAAAGAAAGCGCCUUCAUCGCCAAUCGACAUUCAAAUCUAUGUUACUAAACGAGUGCCGGUGCCUAAUCACACGAAUGAGUUAGAGACUCGUUUGAAAGAGUACAGUAGUGGUGAUUUCGUGAAUGGAUAUAUUAUUGUGGCUAACACUAGUGACAAACCAGUUGAGUUUGGAUUGUUUACUGUGUCUUUGGAAGGAACUAUUAAGAUCAUUGAACGGAAUGUCAAUAAUUUGGGAAUGUCAAAUCAUAAAUAUAAUCGAAUCCUCAUGAAAAAGUUUUUGAAAAUGUACGAUUUAAAUGCAAGCUACGGGUAUACCUAUAUUCCUAAUAGUAUGGGGAUUCAAUAUGAAGAAUUCACCAAGGAUGUUAGCGAUGGAUGCCAAAUAGCCCUCCCCACCGACCGAAUUCUUCAACCAAAUACAAAAUACAAGAAGUUUUUCACGUUCAAGUUUCCCGAUAAGUUGUUGGAUACCAGCUGUAAAGAUUCAAUCAUGACUCAUGUGCUUCCACCGCCAACACUAGGAAUUGACCGAACAUGUUUUAGCAACCGGGGUGAAUCGAUCCAUUUGAAUAAGGCAUUAGGGUAUGGGUUUAUGAACGUUAGAGGUACUCCUGUCUUGACCAAAGAUUAUAGUUUUGAUGAUGUGAGUGUGAGCUACACCAUUGAAGCCAAAGUCAUUGACAAAGUGAAUUCCAAUCAGAAAUUGUCACAUCAGGAAAUCAAUGAGGCUGAAAAUGAUCUGGAUUAUGUGAUUUCUAAAAAUCGGCAAUACUUUUUACGGUUCGUACCUGAUUUGAAACUGGCAUUUGAAAGUAACACUGGGUUCAUUGGGAAUCACGAAGGGAUUGACGGGAAGUUGUUUCAUACCUAUUUGAACAAAGAAACCUGGAGGGCGAUAAAUGUAAUUAACUUCAACAUUGAAUUGGAAAUCGAUGAAAAGUUGACCAAAGAUGAAGUAACCCCUGAUGAUAUGAAACGGAAACACUUGGUCAACCCAGACUCCCAUAUCCAUUCGGAAAUACAUAAACUUCAACGGAAAUAUGCGGUUGAACGACAUUAUUCGCCUACACCUGAAGAAAUCAAGUAUCACAAGAAACUUAUGAUUGGGACCCGAUCUCUGAGUGUGAUCUUUGGUAAGAAGAAAAAGAUGAUUCUUUCAUCACUUGUUAGGUUGGGCGAACUGAGAAUGUAUGCCAAGGUGCCGGACAAGAUCAUUCCAUAUUCGUCACCAAAAUUAAUCACUAAAUACAAUACUGAAUCUGCUAGUAUUACUCCAACCGUGUCUAAUGAAGGGUUAAGGCCAGUGGCUAGUACUUCCUCUAACAUGGAUGAGUUGUACCAUCGUGAUAAGCAGGACAUUAUUGACGAGAUUGACAUUAGUUUAAUAUUUGCAAGUGUGGAUGCCGGCAUGAAACCACCAAUAAUCACAUCCAUAGAAACAAACUUGGUGUUCUGGUCGUAUAGCACCGAAUUCCCAUUACCGUUUGAACUAGGGUAUGAUUUCUUCUAUACUAGUCCUAGCGAAGGCCACGAAUAUGACAUUGACAAUCCGGUAGAAAUCACCAAGAACAAUUUACAAAAGUUGAAAGACCACGUUGGGGUUUACAUUCAUUUCUUGAAGGAAAACGACAUAUACUUGUCACGAGACUCGUUUGUUUAUUUAAAGUCUAUUAAAUCGUUGGGGAUCAAGAAGGAUACCGUUACUGAUUACUUUAAACCAUUGACUAAUAGUACUCAUCCAGACUUACUUAAUAACGAACUAGGCUGGAAACCUAGUCAAACUAGCCGUGGUAAGAUUGAAUGGGUUAAAGAGAUGAAGAUCCCACUCGAUAGAAUGAACAAGAAUAAUGUUACGUUAUUGCCAAGUUUCCAGAAUUGUUUGGUGGGAAGAUUAUACUGCUUGCAAGUGUUGGUGAAGUACAAGGGUACUGGUAAUGACCAGAAUGAGUUUGCUGAUAAUAUAGUCAAAGUAGAUGUUCCAAUUUUAAUUGGGUAA